CGGAGGCGCGGAGAGGCGGCAAGCGCAGCCGGGGAGGGGGGGGGCAGAGGCACAGACAGAGGCGCGGAGGCUCGGAGAGAGGAGACGUGGAGGGAGGGACGGAGCCCGGACAGCGGCGGACACGGCGUCGCGCCCCGGGAGGAGCGCAGCGCGCACCAGGCGCCGAGGCACCGACAGGGGCGACCCCGGUGGUCUCCAGCCUUCCAUGCACAGAGCGCCCUCCCCCGCAGCCGAGCCAGGCGGAGGGGACAGCGCUCGCCGGACCCCGCAGCCCAGACUCAAGCCCAGUGCCCGAGCCAUGGCACUGCCUCGGACACUGGGGGAGCUGCAGCUGUACCGGGUCCUGCAGCGCGCCAAUCUCCUUUCCUACUAUGAGACCUUCAUCCAGCAGGGAGGGGACGACGUGCAGCAACUGUGCGAGGCGGGUGAGGAGGAGUUCCUGGAGAUCAUGGCACUCGUGGGCAUGGCCACCAAGCCCCUCCACGUCCGACGCUUGCAGAAGGCACUGAGAGAGUGGGCCACCAAUCCAGGGCUCUUCAGCCAGCCAGUGCCUGCUGUGCCCGUCUCCAGCAUCCCACUCUUCAAGAUCUCUGAGACUGCGGGCACCCGGAAAGGGAGCAUGAGCAAUGGGCAUGGCAGCCCAGGGGAAAAGGCGGGCAGUGCCCGCAGUUUUAGUCCCAAGAGCCCCCUUGAACUUGGAGAGAAGCUGUCACCGCUACCUGGGGGACCUGGGGCAGGGGACCCUCGGAUCUGGCCAGGCCGGAGCACCCCCGAGUCCGACGUUGGGGCGGGAGGAGAAGAGGAGGCUGGCUCACCCCCCUUUUCUCCACCUGCAGGGGGAGGAGUCCCUGAGGGGACUGGGGCUGGGGGGCUGGCAGCAGCUGGGGCUGGGGGUGGUCCAGAUCGACUGGAGCCAGAGAUGGUACGCAUGGUGGUGGAGAGUGUGGAGAGAAUCUUCCGGAGCUUCCCAAGGGGGGAUGCUGGGGAGGUAACGUCCUUGCUGAAGCUGAACAAGAAGCUGGCACGGAGCGUGGGGCAUAUCUUUGAGAUGGACGACAAUGACAGCCAGAAGGAGGAGGAGAUCCGCAAGUACAGCAUUAUCUAUGGCCGCUUCGACUCCAAGCGGCGGGAGGGCAAGCAGCUCAGCCUGCAUGAGCUGACCAUCAACGAGGCUGCUGCCCAGUUCUGCAUGAGGGACAACACGCUUUUACUGCGGAGAGUGGAGCUCUUCUCCCUGUCACGCCAAGUGGCCCGAGAGAGUACCUACCUGUCCUCCUUGAAGGGCUCCAGACUCCACCCGGAAGAAUUGGGAGGCCCCCCACUGAAGAAGCUGAAACAGGAGGUUGGAGAGCAAAGUCACUCCGAAAUCCAGCAGCCUCCCCCAGGCCCUGAGUCCUAUGCACCCCCAUAUCGCCCCAGCCUGGAGGAGGACAGUGCCAGCCUCUCUGGGGAGAGUCUAGAUGGACACUUGCAGGCUGUUGGGUCAUGCCCAAGGCUGACGCCGCCCCCUGCUGACCUGCCUCUGGCAUUGCCAGCCCAUGGGCUGUGGAGCCGCCACAUCCUGCAGCAGACACUGAUGGAUGAGGGGCUGCGGCUAGCCCGCCUCGUCUCCCACGACCGUGUGGGCCGCCUCAGCCCCUGUGUGCCUGCGAAGCCGCCUCUCGCAGAGUUCGAGGAAGGGCUUCUGGACCGGUGCCCUGCCCCAGGACCGCAUCCCGCUCUGGUGGAAGGUCGCAGGAGCAGUGUGAAAGUGGAGGCUGAGGCCAGCCGGCAGUGAGGGGUGGACUGGUGUCCUCAGACCCAGGACCCUGGACUUCUGCCUCAUACAGACCCCUACACUCUCUGUCCCUGGCAGCCAGUCACAACCCUGGAUCCUUCCGCGGCCCUUCUCCUGCCUCCCCACCUGCUCCAUGGGCAUAGAACUAUGGGGCUUCAAGCAAUAACAAGCAGGGGCCUGGCGAGAGGACACAAGGAGGGUGCGUGGUGCCCCCUCAGCCUUGCCCAGUGCAAGGGGGCAAGGACUCUGCCUCCAGGGCCUUUGGGGUUCUCCCCUCACACAACACACUCCCUUUCUUUCUAGUUUGAACCAGUGGUGUGAACAGUUGGACUCGGUUUGGACAUGGGGGGAAAGGGGACUUCCCUGGGAAGGUCCAGCAGCUAAAAAUGAAAACGUUUCCCCCAGAACUGGGGGCCUGGGAACACUGGACCUGCUCCUCCUCCCCGCCACUCCCCCAUUUUUGUGCUUCUAGUUUGUUUCUUUAAUUUAACAAGUGCUGCGGUUUGCCCACCCAUCCCCAUCUUUCCCCAAAGUCCUCAGCAAUUCUUUGCUUCCUGUCCUCUCUGGGGGGUGUGGAUGUGGGGUCCCCUUCACCUGCCCCCUCGGGAGCCCUGGGUUGGACUCAGGGUCUCUCUCAGCUGGGGGCUGGACCACAGCACCUGUCUGAGCAGUUAGAGCGUCUUUCUUUUCAGAUUGUGUACAGUAGAUUAUUUAUUUUGUUAUUUUGGAAUAAAAUUUAUUUUAUGGCUUAGGA